UAACAAGUCAGAUGUACGCUGACUCUGCUGGGAAAGGAUGGUGCUUUAUAUCUUCUUUUAUAAUUCUUACUUGGAUUAGACGUUGUCAGCCUAAUUGAACCGGAAAGACCGGAGUCCCUUGCUUGAAGCUGUGUGUUGAUGGGGACGGAGCUGUCUGAAAGUCAACUAGUUGAUUUUAAAAGCAUCUCAUCUGAAAGUAAAAUCAGAAUGGACCAGCAGAGACCAGAAUCUUCACAUCAUUUCUCAGCUGAAGAUAAAACCCAAAUAAAUGAGGAAAGCCCAGAAUCUCACCUACCAAGAUGUUUGUUCAUGACAGACUCCAAACAAGAAUUAUUGGAUUUCAAGGAUGAAGGACCCUCUGAAAAUAAAACCCCAAUGAAAUAUGAAAGACCAGAGUCACCUGCUUCAAGCCGUGUAUCCAUAAGGUCUGAACGGUCUAAAAGUGAACCACUUGAAUUCAACAGCGUCUCGUCCAAAAGUAAAAUCCAAAUAAACGAGGAAAGGCCAGAAUAUCAUCUACCAAGAUGUUUGUCCAUGACAGAAUCCAAACAUGAAGCAUUGGAUUUCAAGGAUAAAGGACCCUCUGAAAAUAAAAUCCAAAUGGAUAAGAGACUAGAACCAUCUCAACCAACCUCUGUGUCCAUGAGUACAGAACAAUCAGAAGAUGAACCAGAUGAAAUCGAGGAACAAUGCCCCUCUGUUCAUGAAAUUUUGAGUCGGAUGCGGCCUCUCUCUAACAAAAGACCAUCAAGGAGGUCUAGUGGCCAUGAGAAUAAAAGUCACCUGGAUUCAGUUUUCAAGGUGCUUGAGGACGACAUUAUGCAUUUUGUAACAAGUGAACUUAGAAAAAUUAAGAACAUGUUGAGCCCGGAAGGCUCAGGGAGGUAUAGUGAGAAUAAAGAGGAUACAGCUGAUGAGGAAAUGCAUGGAAAGAUCAACAGAGAUGCAUUCCUGAAAAUUACAAUCAACUUCUUGAGGAGAAGGAAUGAGGAGCGGCUUGCUGAAUCUUUGUUGAAUAAAGCUCAAACAGCUGUUUACCAGUUUAAAUUGAAGUCCCACUUGGUUAAAAAGUGUCGGCAAUUUUUCGAGGGUAAUGUCAAGAAAGGAAACCCGAAAAGUAUAAGUCAAAUCUACACUCAGCUCUAUGUGGCAGCUGAUGAGAGAGAAGUCAAGGAUGAAGAUGAGGACCAACAAAUUGAAUCAGCAUCUUUGGUACCAGGUGGUUCUGAAACCACCGUCAGCUGUGAGGAGAUUUUUAAACCUGAGAGAGAUGAGAAAAUUAGGACGCUGGUGACCAAGGGUGUUUCUGGCAUUGGGAAGACAGUGUUGACACAGAAGCUCUGUAGUUGUAACCUGUCACAGAGAAGCUGUAUACCUCUUGCAUCAAUGUUGGCCGCUGACAGAUCGUGUCUCAGAGAGCUGGACCUGAGUGACAAUGACCUGCGCGAUGAUGGAGUAGAAAUCCUCUCUCAAGGACUUAUGAAUAAAAAAUGUAGAUUGGAGGUUCUUAGCUUAUCAGGCUGCUUGGUGUCAGAGAGAGGCUUUGCUUCUCUGGCUUCAGCUCUGACCUGCAACCCUUCUCAUCUGAGAGAGCUUGAUCUGAGCUUUAACCAUCCAGGAGAAUCAGAGCUGAGAAAGAUUUCUGCUGGCAUGAAAGACCAAGGCUGGAGGCUACAGACUCUAAAAACAGAUCAUUGUGGAAAGCUGCGCCUGAAUCCAUCACCCCAACGGUUACAGUAA